AUGAAUAAGCUUAUUUGGUGUGAGGUCUCUUUACUAGCAUUGACUGUAUUUUUCGUCAUAACAACAAAGGGACUAUGUCGAAAAUUAGAAAAACUGACAGAACUUCAUAUUAGUGGAUACAAAGCCCAUGUGGUUCAUACAAAUGCUUGCAUUGAAGUUCGAAAAUCUGUCAUCGAGCCGAAUGUUCUUGACCCCGAGGUUCCAGUGGGAGAGAGGUUCCAAAGAACGUAUACUGACGACUGUUGCUGUGAAAUCACCUCAAAAACUCUAGAAAUAAUAACACUAGAACGUUAUGACGGAGGAGCGGACCGGGAUGUUCUCUAUUUCCGGAUCAAUGAAUGCGGCUGUGUACCUUGUUCUGAUCUUAGUAUAUCUGGAUAA